AUUAUUCUCUCACGUCUCCAACCAAUCAUAUAUAUAUAUAUACAGAUCGAUAAUCACAUAUCCAUUAUUUUCAUUCCUUUCUUCUUUCUUUCUCUUUUCCUUCAACCUCAAACUUUACUCUUCAAAUCCACCAAUUUCGAACAUGGCCUGCCUGGUAUCUCGCUCGGGAAGGGAAUUGCAGAGGUACAACAACAUGGGUGGCCGCCAAGUUGUUGGGUGCAUACCAUAUAGAUAUAAAGAAGACGUAGAUGGUAACAUGAGUGACGAAUUGGAAGUACUGGUCGUUAGUUCUCAGAAAGGCCAAGGAUUCAUGUUCCCUAAGGGAGGAUGGGAACUUGAUGAAUCUGUAGAAGAAGCAGCUUGUAGGGAAUCUCUUGAAGAAGCAGGAGUAUUGGGAAUUAUUGAGCAUGAAUUGGGGCAGUGGUAUUUCAUCAGCAAAAGACAUGGCAUAUACUAUGAAGGACACAUGUUCCCCAUGUUUGUCAAGGAACAGCUUGACACGUGGCCGGAGAAAGAUUUACGGAGAAGAAUUUGGAUGACUGUUGGUGAAGCUAGAGAAGUUUGUCAGCAUUGGUGGAUGAAGGAGGCAUUAGAUAUAUUGGUUCAAAGAAUAAUGUUGUCUUCAGAACAAGGAAAAAAGGAUAUGGUUUUGGAUGAUUCUUUAGGUUUUUAAAGAGUUUAGUUACUGUAGGGUAGGCCAGAAUUUCAUAAAUUGAGUUAUAGAAAACUGUAGAGAAAAAUGGAGCUGCAAUUUUAAUGCAACUUUAACGUUACACAUUUACACAACUUAGCACUCACUUCCAAGAGUUAAAUAGUUUCGUAUUAGACCUUCCCCUUGUUUUUUUGUUAUAUGUUUUUUUAUUGAAUGUAUACUCCAUAAGGUGUGAAUCCUAUCGAUGAAGUAGAAACCCUCCUUCCAACCA